CGCCACAUUCCGGACGACUCACGACCGACCGACUGACCACAUAAUUUGCAUCGCCGCCGACUGGCCAUAUUGAACGGAGCUUGCAGUAAUCGGGUAUUUGCGAAUUGUCGCCAUGCCACGGACCCAUUCGGCCCGCGAGAGCGCCGGCGUCGUGCUCUUUGACGCCUCAGACACGCGCUGGUCGGGCGUCUGCACGACUACGCGGACUUCCAUCAUGCUCGACCUCUCGUACCUCUACGACCCUAUCUCGCCCAAGCACGAUGCCAAAGCGGCCAGCACGGACGCGACGACCAAGUCGGCGACCGAUACAACGUGCAGCAGCACCACCGAGUCCCUCGGGAGUCGUCGGCAUCGCCGGCGAACCACGUCGGUCGUCGAGACGCACCGCCCGCACGACGCCAAGUGGUUCACGCCCGUCUCCAAGUUCUUUCGGUCGCUCUUCCGCCCGCGCGACCGAGACUCACUGCUGCUUCCCGUCCAACGGCCCUCCAAGUAUUACAAAUAGGGCUCUCUGGUGCAGUGAUAUUUAUACACUCCCGUCGUCGCGUCAUCGUAGACAUAUACCGUAGUACAAACCUGUAGCUAUCUCUGCGUUCGCCCUUGCCCUGCUGCUACGGCGUGCGCCCCGGGAAGAGGGAACAGUAUCAAGAAUGGUUUUUGCAGCCCGGAACCCGUCGAGUCAAGGGUGAGGUACACUAGG